GAGAGUAUUUACCUAUCUCACUAGUCGAGAGGAAGAGAUGGCCUAAAACCCUAAAACUGCAAGACGAGCUAGAAAGAAAACAAAAACCCUUGAUAGGCUUAUACCUUUAGAGCUUGUUGCUGUUGGUUUCAAUUACUCGAUUAAAAAUGGUGCACGGAGGCAACGUUAAGGGCAAAGCAGCCGCCAUGAAUCAUGUUAAGAAGAAGAACAGUACAGGAGUUGUGAAAAAUGUCACAAAGAAACCAUCUGUAGUUGAGAAGAAGACUAAAACAGUGUCUUACAAGAACCAGAUUCGAUCAACCGAACGAAUACUCAGAAAGACGGAUUUACCACCUGAAGUAAGACAAGCUCAAGAAAAGAAGUUAGAGGAUAUCAAGAAGAAACAAGAACUUCUAAUUCAGUUGGCGGAAAACCGUGUUACAAUUCUUAAGAACAAGAAGCCCAAAUUUUUUGAAAGAAGAAAAUUGGAUAGGGGGAUUAAAAAAUUGGAGAGAGCUUUAGAAACAGUGUCAGAUGAAACCCGGGCAGGAAUUAAAGACCAGAUUGCAAAAUUGAAAGAGGAUCUCGAGUAUGUUAAGUUCUUCCCAAAGACUGAAAAAUAUGUACCUUUGUUCAGUGGGGGUAAUGACCCAGAUGUGGUUGAAAGGAGGAAUGUGUUGCGCCAACAGAUUAAAGGCAAUAUUGUAGAUGCAGCCGCUAGUGGAAGGGAUUUAGAAGAAACAGGAGAUGCUGAGGAUGACUUCUUUCUGAACGGAAGCUCCAGCGAUGAAGCAGAAGCAGGUGAUGAAUCUACAAAGAGAAAUUUCAGGAAGCAAGCUCCAAGUUUUAAAAAAGAGGUAUCAACUGCGCCAAGGAAACAAUUUCCAAAGGAUUCUGGCCUAAUUGGGGGUUUUGGCAAAAAGCCUCCAAGAAACUUUGGAAAUGCAGCUUUUGACAAUUAUGGUGCCAAUAAGAAUCAGAAGCGGAAGUCUAUUCAAGAUGUAGAACCUGCAUCUAGGCCAUCAAAAAUUUCAUUCAAAAGUUCAAAUUAUACUGAGACAAGUAAGAGCUGGAAGUCUACUCAAGCUGUAGAGCCUUCAUCUAGGCCUUCAAGAAGUUCAAAGUAUACUGAGACGAGUAAGAACUGGAAGUCUACUCAAGCUGUAGAGCCUGCAUCUAGACCUUCAAAAGGUACAUCCAAAAGGUCAAAUUAUUCUGAAACUAGUCAGACAAGAUUUGAAUUCCUAUCAAACAAAAAAGCACUGAAAGAGAGGGUUCCAGUGAUGGCAUCACAGAGUGGCAGUUUCUCUUCUUUUAGAAAAGAUAAUCAAUUUCAAAAUACUACCAGGAUUGAAAGUAAUAAUAAUGUGAAUUCAAAUACUGAAGCACCGCAUAAACCUAAAAGGAAAAGGAGACCAAAGAAGAAGAAAGCAUAAGGUUUAUCUGAUUCUGGGGCACCAAAAGUCAUGUAACAGGGUGGUAGGCUGCAUUUAGGUCCAACAGAGUCUACCUUGGUUGGAUAGGAACUGGAAGUUGAAUGUAGCACACAGUUUGAGCGCCUGACUACCUUCCCUACUCUGUUCCUUACGCGCUCAAUCAAUUUUGUCAACCUUUAGUUUCAUCUUCUUUUCCUUUUUUUUCUUUUCUUUUCUUUUUGUAAUUUUCAUGUAAUGCUUCCAUUUCUUUCACUGGUCUCUUGUUUCUUAUUCUGAUGCCAAAUCAUCAAAUUGUUGUUUAGGCUCCUCAACUGGGGAUAUUCUCGUGGACGAAAUUUCACCCUUGCUUUGCCAAAUGUUAAAUUCAAUGAUUCAUGACUGUUACAAACUUA